AUGCAGGUCAGUACAUCGUAUGCCCUCUUCUCUAAAAAAUCCAGUAAUUAUAUUUUGGUGCAAUUUCCGAGCCCGCCCUGCUGUGUUGCCAUUGCCGUUGAGUGUGCUCACGUAAUUCAUUCCUUGCUCAUGCUAUCAGGUGACGUUGAGACUAACCCUGGUCCUGAGGGAAACGCUGCUGUACUCACUGAACUACAGAAGCUAAACGCGGGACAGACCCUAUUGAUUACGGAAAUACAGGGCCUCAAAACACAGCUGAACACAACAGACCAAACCAUAGCAAGCCUAGACAAACGAAUGGCCGAUCUCGAAAUGCAUUACCAAACACUUCUUCGCCUCAGAAACGAUAUUGAAAUAAUGCAGUCAACCACAAUCGACCAAGCUAAAAAGAUUAAAGAACUAGAAACACGCCUGGAUGACGCGGAAAACCAAUCACGUCGGAAUAACCUUAUUUUCUAUGGCAUCCCUGACCCUGCUAGCGCUGAAACGUGGGCUGAGUCAGAAAAACUAGUCAUUGAUGUUUGCCGCAAAAAUCUUGAUAUAACCUUGGAACCUAACGACAUUGAAAGAGCGCAUCGCCUCGGCAAUCAUUCAGCCGACCGAAUUCGUCCCGUAAUCGUCAAAUUCCUAUCUCAUAAAACCAAAGACGCACUGUUAUCAAAUGGCCGUAAAUUGAAAGACACAAACUACAGUAUUGGCGAGGACUUCUCCCGCACCGUUCGACACGCGCGUAAACAGUUACUAGUGUUUGCCAAAGCCAAUUCUAACAAGUACUCCUUGCGCUUCAAAACCCUGCACAUCGGCUCAAAACGCUAUGUAUUUGACGCAUCAUCCCAAGCCGUUAAGGAAAUAGCAUAGCAAUUGCCCCGUCACAAAACUUUAACAAAUCGUCGACCCGC